CCGCCCCGUGCGUCCCUGCCCCACCUGUGCUCGCACUCCCGCCCGUCCUCCCCGCCCACCAUGCAGGCAGCCACCGUUGCCCCCGCCAUGGAGGACCUCGACACUUCGUGGUGUCCCGUCUGCUCGAGACAGAUAUUGCCCAAGCGAUACACAAUCACCAUCCCUGCUGCACCGGCACAGGCACCUGCAGCCCCCCCUUCGUCUCCAUCGAAGACCGCUGCCCCCGCCGCUCGCCCCAAAACCACGAACGCGCGCCCACGCGUCGGCGGCGGCCUCGUACACGGCACCGGCCGCGUCAAGGCCAACGGUGCAAUCAAGUCGGACGCCCCCGCGGCUCCCGUCAAACAACGCACGGUGAUCGACCAGUCGCCCGUGCCGCUCUACUGCUCGGAUGAGUGCCGCCUCGCGGACCUCACCCAACACCUUUCUGCGCUCGCGCUCCCGCACAAUUACCGGCCCGACGAGACGCAGCCGACCCAACCCGCUACCGCCGCGCUGGACGUGCCCGCGCGCAAACCCGCCCCCGACUCGCACGCGGCCUCGUCGCCGCCCUCGGCCCCGUCCUCCGCCUCCUCGUCCUCUACCGCCGCCUCCCCGCGCCUCGCGCCCAUCCCCGUCUCCUCCCGCAAGAUCAAGUCGAUCUCGGCCGCGCACUCGUACGACGAGAUGGAUCCGACGAUCGCCGAGCUCGCGAGGCACUACGGCUUCCCCGCCCUGCCGCCUCCCCCGCCCGAAUCCCUCAUCGAGCACGAGGUGAACCCCAUCUCGGCCCGGCCCGCUUCCUCCUCCUCCUCCCCCGAACCCGUCCGCAACAACGACUACCAGUCCGGCAUCAUGAUGGCCGCCCGGCGUAUCAAAGCCGCGCUCGCUCCCCCGUCCCCACCCAAGCGGGGAUACAUGAGCCCCGCGGAGCGCAUGACCGCCUCCAAGCAGGCGCGCGACCGGCGGCCGAUCCCCGGCUGGACGGACGGGACCGACGCCUGGCGCGCGGCGGUGUACUCGAUGUCGAAGCCGCGCCCGGAAGACGUGACCGCCGACCCGCGGAUCAACAAGGAGCGCAUGGGCGCCGCGUACGGCUCGUGCGUCGCGACGCCGCACCGCUCCACCAGCGGCGUCUACUCGACGCUCUCCACCACCGCCCCCGUCGUCGUCGCCGUCGCGUCGGCCGGAUCGGACGCGCCCUCGGCGCGCAUGGAGGAGCUCCUCCGCAGCUACCCGCUCUCGAACGCCGCGCGCUCCAAGAGCCGGCAGCAGCUGUUCCCGGGCGUGAGCCAGAGCGUGCCCGCCGCGAGCCGGUGUCCGUCGGUGGCGUCGACGACUACCGCCAGCACCAGCACCCGCAGGAGGGACGGCCUGUUGCCGCCGUCGGCGGAGGGCAAGUUGCUCGUGCCGGAUAUCAAGAUGCGCCGGUCGAGCAGCGGCUCGAGUAUCGUCGCGACGAGCCCGAGGGCGCGCGCGAUGCUCAGGAGGGCGAGCGCGAUGAGCGAGGAGGCGAUCGCCGAAGAGGCCGAAGACGAUGCUUGCGUGCGCUCCCUGCCGACCGCCCCCGCGCGCACGCAGACGGAGCCCCUGUACCUCUUUGACCUUCCGCGCCCGAUGGAGAAGCGGGUGCGGAAGGAGAAGCGGAUCGUGGACGGCGUCGAGGUCGAGGUGGACGUCGAGUACGAGGUCCCGAAGGAGCUCAAGCGGCUCUGGCUCGGGCCGAACGGGAAGAGCGAGGGCCGCGAGCGCUAUAAGCGCGAGAAAGCGGAACGGCUGAGGCGCGAGCAGGAGGAGCGCGAGAGGCAGGAGGCCGCUGCGGCGGCGGCGAAGAGCUUGUAAAGAUGCGAAUCGAACCCCCUCCCGCGCUCGAUUAUUACCCGCUGCAUGAAGAUACCUGGCGACAUUCUACGAGACUAUCGCGCCCCCUACACAUCGCUAUUCGUUUAUUGGACUUCGGCAUACGACACUCCGGAGCAACGCAUGGCUUACCUACCCAGCACGUCUUUAUUCGACUAUCUAUAUCGCGCAUAUAUCCGCGUCCCCCCGUCACUGCCGUCUGCCUGCGUCCCUUCGGCCCUGUCGUCUCUCGCACUCCUACCCUCGCAUCGCACCAAGCCCCCUUCCUACACGCCCUCCAUCCGCAAGCAACCGUCAAAACAUGUGCAAUAAUCUUUAUUUCGGACUCUCUGUUCUCCACGCAUGCAAAAGCAUCCCGAACCGAACCAACUUUUUUUACGAACGUUACGAUCUCCCUAAACACAACACCACAGACAUCGGACGCGCAACCACGAAACCCCCGUCCCUCUAUCCCCCUCGAUCGCCGCUUUCGAAUUCGCUAUUAAUCGCUCUCGCACGUCAACCAUCCCAAGCCUCUUUUUUUUACCCUCGCUCUUAU